AUGUCUAUUGGUCUAAAACGUCCUGGUGAGGAUGAAAGUAGUGAACUUCAAGAUGGUACUAUUGAUAAGAAAGUAAGAUUGCAAUCAAAGGAUCAUGGUGUGGGAAGUGAACCGGUAUCGACUAUAGAAAUCAUUCCAACUGAUUCAUUUCGAAAAUUUAAGGAACAUGGUUAUAAAGCAAAAGGUUCAGAUAUUCAUGGAACUCAAAUGGUUUCAACUUUUGAACAAGAAUUAUCUCAAAUGGAGCAUGAAAUUGCUGAGCUCGAUGAACAAAGUACAGAAUCUUAUCCAAGAAAACCAUUAGAUCCAGAAUUUUCUCCUGAAACUCAUGAUAUUUCGUUUCAACAACUAGAUUGUGAAGAUAGUUUGCUACCAGGCUCUAAAGAUGGAAGUACCUCAUAUGUUGUUAGAUUUUUUGGUGUAACUGAUAAUGGUCAUUCUGUUCUAUGUAAUGUAACAGGAUUUAAACAUUACUUAUAUGUCCCAGCUCCAAUGUCUGCAGAAUCACCAUCCAAUGAAGACCUACUGGGUUUUGUCAAGCAUAUUAAUGAACAAUUGGAUAAUUGUGUAGAUUCUAUUGAAAUAGUUGAAAAGCAAUCCAUUUGGGGUUACUCCGGUGAUAGUAAGCUACCGUUUUGGAAAGUAUAUUUGAAAACUCCAAACAUGAUUAAUAAGGUCAGAACUGGUUUCGAAAAGGGUCAUUUUUCUUAUAAAUCUUGGUUUUCCAAUGGUACAACAUCAUAUGAUAAUAUUGCUUAUACUUUAAGAUUAAUGAUAGAUUGUGGUAUAGUGGGUAUGUCAUGGAUCACUCUACCAAAACAAAAAUAUAAAAUGAUUCCAGAAAAAGACAAGGUUUCAACAUGUCAAUUAGAGGUCAAAAUAAACUAUAAAGAUUUAAUUUCCCAUGCACCAGAAAAUAAUUGGUCGCACUCUGCACCAUUACGUAUAUUAUCAUUUGAUAUUGAAUGUGCUGGUAGAGUGGGUGUUUUCCCUGAACCUGAACACGACUCUGUUAUUCAAAUUGCAAAUGUUGUCAGUAUUGCUGGCGCCAAGAAGCCAUUUAUUCGUAACGUGUUCACAGUAGAUACCUGUUCUCCGAUUACUGGUUCUCAUAUAUUCUCACAUGAAACAGAAAAGGAAAUGUUAAGCAAAUGGCGUGAGUUCAUAGUAAAAGUUGAUCCUGAUCUAAUCAUAGGUUAUAACAGUGCAAAUUUCGAUUUACCGUACUUGAUUGAUCGUGCGAAGGCUUUAAAGAUAGAUAACUUCCCAUACUUUGGUAGAUUGUUUAAUGUAAAGCAAGAAGUUAAAGAAUCUAGUUUCUCAUCUAAAGCAUAUGGUACCAGAACAUCUAAGGUAGUCAAUAUUGAUGGUCGUCUACAAUUAGAUUUAUUGCAGUUCAUUCAACGUGAGUAUAAACUAAGAUCAUACACUUUAAAUGCUGUGUCAGCACAUUUUUUGGGUGAACAAAAGGAAGAUGUUCAUCACAGUAUUAUUACUGACUUGCAAAAUGGUGAUAGUGAAACAAGAAGAAGAUUGGCUGUAUAUUGUUUGAAGGAUGCAUAUCUGCCGCUUAGAUUAUUGGAAAAUUUGAUGGCUUUAGUUAAUUAUACUGAAAUGUCUCGUGUAACAGGUGUGCCAUUUUCAUACUUACUUUCACGUGGUCAACAAAUUAAGGUCGUCUCUCAAUUAUUUAGGAAAUGUAUUGAAAUCGAUACAGUGAUUCCAAAUAUGGCUUCACAGGGAACGGAUCAACAAUAUGAAGGUGCGACAGUCAUUGAACCUAUCCGUGGUUACUAUGACAUUCCGAUCGCAACAUUAGAUUUCAAUUCUUUAUAUCCAAGUAUUAUGAUGGCCCAUAAUUUAUGUUACACUACUUUAUGUAACAAAGAAACGGUUCAAAGAUUAAACUUGAAGAAGGAUGAAGAUUAUAUCAUCACACCUAAUGGUGAUUAUUUUGUAUCAACAAAGUUAAGGCAUGGUAUUUUACCAAUCAUUCUUCGUGAACUUAUUGAUGCAAGAAAAAGAGCUAAGAAAGAUUUAAAGAAUGAAACAGAUCCGUUCAAGAAAAACGUUCUUAAUGGUAGGCAAUUGGCAUUAAAGAUCUCAGCCAAUUCUGUUUAUGGUUUUACUGGUGCAACUGUAGGUAAACUGCCUUGUUUGGCAAUUUCUUCAUCUGUCACAGCCUUUGGUCGUGAUAUGAUCAUGACAACUAAGAACGCUGUGGAAGAAAAAUAUAGAAUAUCUAAUGGUUACAAGCAUGAUGCGGUAGUUGUAUAUGGUGAUACAGAUUCUGUAAUGGUUAAAUUUGGUACUUCCGAUUUAAAAGAAUCCAUGGAAUUAGGUACUGAAGCAGCUGCAUUUGUUUCAGGUCUAUUUAAAGAUCCUAUUAAUUUGGAAUUUGAAAAGGCUUAUUUCCCUUAUUUAUUGAUUAACAAGAAAAGAUAUGCAGGCCUUUAUUGGACGAGGACUGAAAAAUACGAUAAAUUGGAUCAAAAGGGUCUAGCUUCUGUCCGUCGUGAUUCCUGUCCAUUAGUUUCCAUUGUUAUGAAUAAGGUGCUGAAGAAAAUUUUAAUUGAUAGAGAUGUUGACAAUGCUUUAGCAUAUGUUAAGCAGAUUAUUGAUAAUUUACUGCAUAAUAAGGUUGAUAUUUCUCAACUGAUUAUUUCUAAAACACUGGCCCCUAAUUAUACAAAUCCACAACCACACGCCAUAUUAGCUGAACGUAUCAGAAAAAGAGAAGGUUCUGGUCCUAAUACUGGUGACCGUGUUGAUUAUGUCAUUAUGGGUGGUAACGAUAAAUUGUACAAUAGAGCAGAAGAUCCACUUUAUGUCUUGGAACAUAAUCUUCAAUUAGAUUCUAAGUAUUACUUAACAAAUCAGUUACAAAAUCCAAUUAUCAGUAUUAUUGCACCAAUUAUUGGUGAAAAGGGUGCCAAUUCUAUGUUUGUUGUAAAAUCUAUAAAGAUUAACACUGGGAGUAUGAAAGGUGGUUUGAUGGGUUUUAUUAAAAAAGUUGAGUCUUGUAAAGGUUGUAAAGGUCCUUUGAAAUCUGGUGAAGGACCUUUAUGUCAUAAUUGUAAAUCAAGAUCAAGUGAACUGUAUAUUAAGACUCUUUAUGAUGUGAGAGAAUUAGAACAAAAAUUCGCUAGACUAUGGACCCAAUGUCAACGUUGUUCUGGAAGUUUGCAUAAUGAGGUUUUAUGUUCUAAUAAGAACUGUGACAUUUUUUACAUGCGUGUUAAAGUGAAGAAGGAACUACAAGAAAAGGUUGAACAAUUGAGUAAGUGGUAA